AAAUAUAUGACCUGCUGGCAGCUGCAAAUCAUCUGCCUUCAGUCCCGCCUCUCCCUAAAUACCUUGGUCCGUAAUGCACUGGGUGUCAAACGUAGCCAUUCUAUGGCUGCUUUUUGCUGUUCUUGUUAGCGCAGCCGAUCUCUACAAAGUUCUUGAGCUGUCCAAACAUGCAUCGGAGCAGGAUAUCCGCAAAGCGUACAAGCGCCUGAGCAGGAAGUAUCACCCUGACAAAAAUACAGAUCCAGGGGCGGAGGACAAGUUCGUUGACAUUGCUCAUGCAUAUGAAGUCCUUUCAGACACCACGAAACGCCAAAUUUAUGACAGGCAUGGUGAAGAAGGAUUGAGGGCGCACGAAGGUGGACAACAGCAUCAUGCCAUCCUUUCGACAUAUUUUCCAACGUCUUCGGUUGGUGCCUUCAAUACACAGCAACAAGUUUCACUCGCAGAUAUGUAUAUGGGUGCUAAUAUUGACGAAAAAGAUACUUGUGAUCACUGUCGCGGCUCAGGCGCUGCUUCAGACGGCGACAUCCAUACUUGUUCAGGAUGUGGUGGACACGGCGUGAAAACCUUCAAACAGCAAAUAUUUCCCGCCUGUUUGCAACAGUCCGCAAAGGUGGUCGAGCAUAUACAACACUAUACUCUGGAGUUGCAACCAGGUACACCAGAAGGGUUUGAGGUCGUGUUUGAGGGAGAGGGAGAUGAGAACCCAGACUGGGAGGCUGGCGACGUUGUUUUGAGAGUGCGAAGUAGGAAGGACAAAGGUGCCUGGUCGCGGAAGGAGAACAGCCUCUUAUGCACUCCUCGGAUCCAACGUAAUAUCACGCAUCUCGACGGUCACGUCGUCGAGAUAAAUCGCCAGGGAGUGACCCAACCUAGUUAUGUUCAAACUAUAGAAGGCGAGGGGAUGCCCCUGCAUCAGACAGACAAUUUCGGCGACCUUUUUAUAGAGUACAAUGUUGUGUUACCUGUUGAGCUCAGCUCAGAUAUUCGGCAAAAACUCGCCGAGGCAUUUUAUGGAUCAAGUCACCGCGAUAGAGAUGAGCUAUAGAUUUCUUGGAUAAAUGGCAAAUUUGUCGUAAUUUAUCUUUUUCCGAGAGCUUGUUAGUUUGCGUGAAAGUAGAUUAUCACCUGCCAAAUCAAGCGUUGCGGUGCUGUGCAUGACCUGCCCUAAGGUCGCACUGCAUAUAAGAGAGCCUGGAUGCGGUUUUGGUUUUCUUCGGUUCCGGACCCCUUCGGCAUGGACGAG